UUGAACUGUGGGCUGAAAUUUGAAAACGUUGGGCUUUGGUUGUUGGCCUGUCUGUCGUCGUCAGAGGAAAUAUUAUUUUAACACUGUACAAAAUGGACGCGCUCGCUGCAGAAGAGACAAAGAUGUACUUUUACGAGAACAGACUGAAAACGUUCUCUGGCUGGCCGUUCGACGAGGACUGCAUGUGCACACCGGAGAACAUGGCUAAAGCUGGCUUCAUUCACACGCCUUCAGAGAACAGCCCAGACAUCGCCAUGUGUUUCUUCUGCCUCAAAGAGCUCGAAGGCUGGGAGCCAGAGGAUGAUCCAGAAAAGGAGCACAAAUCUCACUCAUCUUCCUGUCACUUCAUCACCCUUAAGAAGAAAGUGGAGGAUCUGACUGUGGAGGAAUUCUUUAAACUGCAGAAGGAGAGACACAAGUUCAUCAUUAAUAAAUCCUGCAACGACACCAUCACAAAGUUUGAAGAGGCAGCCAAACUGAAGAGAGCCGACAUCAUAAAGACGGCCAUGGGAGAGGAGUGACUACCUGGCUGCAAAUUAACGUGUGUGUCUGAGAGAGUGUGUGUUUAUGUGUAUGGUUUUUAACUUCUGUUUUUAAAUAAACUUGUCCUUAAUUUACAGAUUUAA